AUGUUUGAUGCUAAGCCUGCUUCAGUGCUCUUAGCUGCUCAUUUUAUGUUGAGUAAAGACUUGUGUCCUAAAUCUGAAUAUGCUAUCAAAGCCAUGAAGAAAGUUCCCUAUGCUAAUGCUAUUGGAUCUGUGAUGUAUUUGAUGGUUAGCACUAGGCCUGAUAUUGCAUAUGCUGUGUCUUGCUUGAGUAGAUACAUGUCUAAUCCUGGUCCUGUUCAUUGGGAAGCUUUAAAAUGGUUGCUGAGAUAUCCGAAAAAUACUGCUAAGUAUGGACUGUGCUAUUCUAGAUGUGAAGAAGGUGUUAAAUUGAUUGGUUAUGUUGAUUCCAAUUAUGCUAAUGAUAGAGAUAAGAGGAAGUCCACCACCUCCAAUGUCUUUACUGUAUGCAGAUCUUGCAUGAGUUUGAAAUCACAGUUGCAGCAUAUAGUGGCUCUGUCCACUACUGAAUCUGAGUACAUUGCCAUUAUUGAGGUAAUGAAAGAGGUUGUAUGGUUGAAGGGAGUACUUUCUGAACUCAAUUUUCUGAAAACCCCUCCUGUUGUGUUCUCUGAUUCUCAGUCUGCUAUUCAAUUGUAUAAAAAUCUUGUUUUCCAUGAUAGAACUAAGCACAUUGAUGUAAGGUUUCAUUACAUCAGGGACAUUGUAGAAAAGAAUGAAGUUUCUCUUUUGAAAGUGCACACUGAUAAAAACCCAGCUGACAUGGGGACUAAAUGCUUACCACUUGAAAAACUUUUUUUCUGCAUUAAGUAUUUGCAUUUUGACCUAGGAUAG